AUGUGGAGCCUCUUGUUGGGUUUGGUGUUGUACGUGGGUACAACAUUGUACUUGUCAAUUAAGCAUAACAUCAGGACGACAUGUCGGCAGAUGUUUGUGUUCCAUCCGUGGGCUGACGCAGGUGGUGGUGGCGAGAAGUGUUUAUGGUUGCUGAUAAAGGCGUAUGCGGAGCGGGGGAGUGCGGACAUGCAAUCGUCAGUGACAUAUCAGGCAAGUGCUGGUCGACUGCGAUACAAGAAGCCAUUACGGGUGACUCUAUUUUGUCAUGUAAGUACACCACAUGUGCAGGAUCUACUAAACCAAGUGGAUCGAACGUUUGGGAUUCAGAUUCCGACGUAUGUCAGUAGCGAUAGUAUUCAUCAACACAGUCGGAAUACUACACGGUUGUCUGAAUUUGUAUCGCUCCGUUUGGUACGAUUGUAUACUGCAAGCUUGGCUGUCAAAAAAUAUCCAGUUGCGACCCAGCUACUGCAACUCGCCGCUGGCUUUUUAGUAGGCUUCGAGGCUUCACUGCGCACCAGAGGUAAUCGUUACGACGCUAUUUGGGACACCGCAGGACUGCCCACCAGCGUCGCCUGGUUCAACUGGCUCACCACCUUCAUGCGCAGAAGAUGCUACGCCUACAUACAUUACCCCUUCCUCUCCCGAGACGUCAUCUACCACAGUAAAGCAUCCUUUGGAAGGCGACUAUACAGCUACAUUAUUGAUAGAGCUUAUUAUUUAUCUGGAGGGUGCUUCAGACAACCAAUUAUCGUUAACUCCACAUAUACAGAACAACGACUGAAACAACUUUGGCCAAGCAGACGAUUAACCAAGGUCUACCCUCCCAUAGAUCUCGGAGAAGACCCUGUAGGUUUUACGGAUGCUGUGUUGAGAAAUACUACCUUGAAAGAUCCAGGUUUGACCACAGGGGAGACAGGGGAUGAUGCAGCAUUAAUCAGGGAGAUGCCGUUCAGGAGGGACGCUGCCCUGACUGAUAAGGAUAAUAUUGUGCUUAGUAUCGCCCAGUUUAGGCCGGAGAAGAAACACAUGCAUCAAAUAGACAUUAUAAAGUCAUUAUUAGAGCGCGCGAAAAUUCCAGCACACACGCGUUUCCUGAUUUGCGGAACGUGCCGGCCGAACUCUCGCGCUGAUCAGGAGCUGUUGACCAAGUUGCUCACCUACGCGGAAUGCCUCUUAGCACCCCUCGACGGCCGUGUGGAGUUGCAAUGUCACCUGAAGCCGGACAAUAUAAAGUGGGCGCCGUCUCAUCACAUUAAAGCGCCCAAGGCCGUGAUCGAAGUGCACGUUAACAUGGCUACAAGGCCGCUGCGGCAACUCAUGACCAAGGCAAAGGUGGGGCUACAUACAAUGGUGGACGAGCACUUGGGGAUCUCCGUCGCGGAGAUGGCUUUAACUGGCUGCUACGUGGUUGCACACAAUUCGGGGGGGCCCAGAGACGAUAUACUCCGAGGCAUUUAUCGAGACGAACUCGACCUAAUUACGUCGGCAAUGGUGCCGUCGGCCGACGAUUUGGAGGAAGUGAAGCGGAAAUCACAAACAAGCUUUAGUGGCAGCUUGGGAUGUUUGUGUAACAAGCAGAGCGAAUUUGUUGACGGAGUAGAAAAAGGAUUGCUCGAUAAUGAUAACACCAAACUCGUUCAGCAAGUAGUCCCAAUUAUCAUAAGGUCACGGUUCCCCACUGAUAACUCCUAUGGGGAAGAGGUGCUGAAUGCCUGGAAUCUGUACACCCAGAAAAUUACGUAG